UCUGUUUUUAAGGAUUUUAGAGCCAAAAUACUAAACCGAAGAUAAAUCCAUAUACAGUAAAAUAGCGGUUAGCGGUUAGCGUUAGCUUCCACUAAUUUCUUUAUCGGUUUAGCGGUUUAGCAUAUGCGAAGUUAAUAUUAUAGUCAGUGGAUUACCAGUUAGCGAAGCUAACUUUUUGGUUAGCGGUGCCCACCACUGCUGGACACACUGCCGCUUCCAACACGUUGCAGCGUCUACUCUGUGACUGUUGAGUAGUGUACUCCGUAGAGUGCCCAACGCUGUCUGCUACUCCAGCUGAGCAGUGGACUGUUUUAGGCUACUACUCAGAAGGCUGCACUGUAUCAACUGUGUUGCCUACUGUAGAAUGCUACGUAGCAACUCACAGGGGUACUUUGUAGGCCACUUACAGGGCACUCUGGCUACUCAGACGAAUGGCUGAGGAAAAGGAGGAGGAGGAGGAGGAGGAGGAGGAGGAGGAGGAGGAGGAGGAGGAGGAGGAGGGUGGCCAGGAUGAAUGUGAGAGUGGCGGCACGCGUGUGGCAUGCGGCGGCCGGCCAGGCCAGUGUGGCUGUGUGCGGGUUGGCAGGUGGACACGGGCAGUGCGCUCACCGCCGCGCCGCGCCUCGCCACACAUGCAGCUGUUGGGGCAGGAGCUGCGGGGCCUCGUGGGCGGCGUGCUGGGCGUGGGCCGCGUGGUGGCGGCGGGCCUGGCGGGGCUCGUGGCGGGGCCGCCCACACUGGUGGUCGUGGGCCUCGACUCAUCGGGCAAGACCACGGCGCUGCUGCGGCUAAAGUACGGCCACUACGUGAACGCCGUGUCCACCGUCGGCUUCAACUGCGAAUGUCUGCGGCGCGGCGGCUGCUCCUGGGUGGCAUGGGACGUGGGCGGCGCUGAGCGCGUGCGGCCCCUUUGGCGCACCUACACGCGCGGCGCCGACGCGGUGCUGUUCGUGGUGGAUGCCAGCAGCGGCGAGGAGCGGCUGGAGGAGGCGCGCCACGAGUUGCACGUCCUGGUGUGCCGGCAAGCGGCACAGAGCGCCGCGCUGUGCCGCUCACGGCCGCCGCUGCUGGUGCUGGCCAACAAACAGGAUCUGCCGGGGGCCAGGACGCCCGCCGCCAUGGCUGACGCCCUCGGCCUGCACGACCUGCCGCCCGCCCAGCCCUGGGGCCUUGCAACCGCCUGUGCCGUCACCGGCGAGGGUCUGCCCGAGGCCAUGGACCUCCUGCGCCGCCUCCUCCUCAAGGCACGCCGGGCCUCGCUCUCACGGGGCUGACUUGCGGGUCACCCUAUGCUUCCCGCCGCCCCCACCUCCUUCAGUUUAUCCCUGCCCAGCCCCGCACCAAACCCCUGGACCCCCGAGGCGUGAGGCAAUGGAGCCCGAGUACUCGUAUGGGGACAGGCGGGGAACUACAGACAACUGAGUGCCACUGGUGGCUGACAUAUGUGAUAAUGUGUGUGUAUGUAUGUGUGUGUGUGUGUGUGUGUGUGUGUGUGUGUGUGUGUGUGUGUGUGUGUGUGUGUGUGUGUGAAGCGUGCAUGCAGUGUUUGAAGGGGUGUAUUUAUAAUAUUUAUUGUGCAAUAGCCAGAAACGUCACACAUACACAAGCACGUAGCCCGUACCCAGAGAUCCGUCACUUGUGAGUCGCUCAUCCGGGAAAAGUAAUAGUUGGCAAUCGUGAGACUAUUGUGUGAUCAGACCAUUACACACACACACACACACACACACACACACACACACACACACACACCGCUCCGGUAGAUCAAUCGGUUAGAGCGCAGCGCUGCAAGGCUUCACGGUCAAACAGGCGGCGGUUCGAGCCCCGCUCAGGCCGGAUUCUUUCCGUUGACAAGGAGUGGUUACUGUCCCCCCUUGAGCAAGGGGGAUGGGGUGUGUGGUGUGUGAGGUCCUGGCAGUACCCAGAGAUCGACCAUAAUGACCAUACAUUUCCUCGUGUCGGGAGGGUACCUGCUGGCGAAAGCGAGUCCAACUCGUGAUCAGGCCUUGGUGAAUUACACACACACACACAAAAAAAAAAAAAAAAAAAAAACAGGCUCUGGUCAGUGUUACAUGUAGUACAACUGUAUUAUACGUACGCGCAUCCCUUGAGACAAAUGUAUAUGUAAAUAGCCGUCUUUAUAAAGAUGUAGGAAAUAUAUUUUGUUAUACUGUUGAAACUAUGUGGAAGUAUUAUUAUCUUUACCACUCUUCUAUCGAUCUACGUUGGACGCGCACAUAAAUUAAUUGUCUCCUUUCAUCAUUAUAGGACAAAACCAGACACGGAAAAAAAACGAGAAAAACAAGAACAACAGCACCAUAAAAAAUACGAGUAGAAAGGAAGAACCAGAUUAAGAACUAGAAAAAGAUCAAGAACACGAAUAACUAGAAGA